GGAUGCCAAAAAUUUGAGCCUUGUUGUCACGAAGUCAUUGUUGUCUUAAUGAAUGAAUUUAAGGUCACAGCGGCGCACCUACUCUCUCUUCUAGAACCAUCCACGCCACGAAGGUUCUUAACCACAAGCAAAGUGUUGAGAAACACCGAAUAAGAAUCGUUCCACAAUGGGUUGGGUCACUCGCUUCUUAACCGCGGUGGUUUUCUUGGCCGUCGGAGUCAUUUUCUCACCUGAAACCUUCCGAUCCAACUCCGACUCAGCCGCAAGUAGAAUCUCCACUUACCUCAAACUCUCUCAUCUUCUCUGCUUCUCCACCGCCUUCGGUGCUGCUUUAUGGGUCACCUUCAUCGGCGGCAUCAUCAUGUUCAAGAACCUGCCAAGGCAUCAGUUUGGGAACCUGCAGAGCAAGAUGUUCCCGGCGUACUUCUCGAUGGUGGGCGUGUGUUGCGCCAUAUCAGUGGCAUCUUUUGGGUAUCUUCACCCUUGGAAGUCUUCCUCCACUACUGAAAAGUACCAGCUUGGGUUCUUGCUGUCGUCCUUUGCCUUCAACCUUACAAACUUGUUUGUCUUUACACCUAUGACCAUUGAGAUGAUGAAGCAAAGACAUAAAGUGGAGAGAGAAAACAAUAUUGGGGAGGAAGUUGGGUGGUCAAAGAAUGUGGAAGUUGCAAAGAAGAACCCAAAGCUUGCAGCCAUGAACAAGAAGUUUGGUAUGAUUCACGGGUUAUCUUCGCUUGCGAAUAUCAUGUCAUUUGGAAGCCUGGCGAUGCACUCUUGGUACCUGGCUGGUAAACUUAAUCUCUGAUUAGUUGCUUCUUCCACUCUUAUGAAAGUUGGUUGAGUUCCUUGUGAAGAGUUGGUUAAGUCUGCGAUAUCUGUAUUCAACUUAUCUUCCAAUUUUACAUUGCUUGUUUCUAAAUGCAAAAUCAAAAGGAAUGUAGAAUGCAGUUUAUUUAGUAUAUGCUGUCAAAGGUACUGCAGGGUAUUGGUUCGACCAGUCUUGUGACUUACCAUGGCAACACUUUGUAAUUGUCCUACUUCACAUUAAUAAAUAAGCAGCAUCUAUAGUAGCAAAAA